AUGGGUGUUUUUGGAACUUCAAGAGAGGAAGAGGCGAACUUGAGAGAAGUUGGUAUGACGGUCAAUGAUCGUAGUAGGACUUCAUUCAGCUCAACAGGUUCGUCAUAUUAUGAUACUGCCAGUGAACAUUCUAGACCAAUAAUUGAGGGAGGUGAACAGAAUGAGAUGGCUGAACAAGAGAUUCAUCCAACUGAUGAUGUUAACACCGAUAAGGAGUAUUUGGAAAAGAAUGAAGAUGAUGUCGAACAACAACAAGAACAAGAACAAGAUGAAGAAAAUGAUGAUGAUGAGACAGUAAAUCACAAUGGAUCUUUAAAAUCAGGUGAAGAGAUUAAAGAUAUCAAUGAAGGUGCUACUAAUAUGCAUCAUUUACAUUGGGAUAGUGAAGAUGAUGUUGAUGAUCCAAUGAAUUGGGGGAAAUUGAAAAAAUGGUAUGUAACAUUAACUACUGCCUUUAUUUGUUUGUGUGUUUCCCUUGGAUCUUCAUUAUUCGUUUCAGGGGUGUUUGAUAUGAUGGCUAAGACUGGUGCUUCAAGAGAAUUAUCAUUAGCUGGGUUAUCACUUUAUUUAGUUGGAUUAUCACUUGGUCCAGCAUUGGGAUCACCAAUUUCUGAAACUUUUGGUAGAAGAAUUGUUUAUAUAACUUCCUUCCCAUUAUCAAUGUUAUUCACUAUGGGGGUUGGAUUGAGUGAUAAAAUCUAUGAAAUCUUGAUUUUAAGAUUCUUCUGUGGAUUAUUUGCAUCUCCAGCUUUAGCUGUUGCAGGAGGAACUAUUAAUGAUAUUUGGAGACCUGAAUAUCGUGGGUUCGCUGCAGCUAUUUUCAUUUUAUCCCCAUUCAUGGGUCCUUCUUUAGGUCCAGUUAUUGGUAAUUUCGUUGCUGAAAAUAAAGGUUGGAAAUGGACUAUGUGGGUUAGUUUAAUGUUUUCAGGUACUAUCUUAAUUCCAGUUUUAUUAUUACCUGAAACUUAUAAACCAAUUAUUUUAUUAAAGAGAUGUCAUAAAAGAAAUGUUCCAACUAACAUUCCUCCACAUUCAGUUAUCAUUAAACAAACUCUAGUUGUUACUUUACUUAGACCAAUUGAAAUGUUACUUCUUGACCCAAUUGUAUUUUUCUGGUCAUUUUAUAUUGCUUUCGUUUUUGCUGUAUUGUUUGGAUUCUUUGAAGCUUUCCCAAUCAUUUUUGAAGGGGUUUAUAAGAUGGAAUUAGGUGUUAGUGGUUUAACAUUCAUUGGGGUAGGAAUUGGAUUAUUAUUAGGGGUGAUAUUUUACAUUAUUCUUGAUUUGAAGAUUUUCUUCCCAUAUAAUCCUGAUGGUACUAGAGGUAGAAGAGAUGAAAACGGUAAAUUACUCGUUUCACCACCAGAAAAUAUCUUAAAUGUUGGAAAAAUUGGAGCUAUUUGUUUACCAGUAUCAUUAUUUUGGUUAGGUUGGACAAGUAGAGAAUCAAUCCAUUGGAUUGUUCCAACAUUAUCAGGUAUUCCAUUUGGGUUUGGAUUAAUUCUUAUCUUCUUCACCAACAUCAUGUACUUUUCCUUUUCAUUCCCACCAGCAGUAGUUGCAUCAGCAUUAGGAGCUAAUAAUUUAUUAAGAUAUUUAUUUGCUUCAGCUUUCCCCCUUUUCACUGCCCAAAUGUAUGAAAAGUUAAAAAUCGGUUGGGCUACAAGUAUUUUUGCAUUCAUAGCAUUGGCUUUAUUACCAAUCCCAUGGAUUUUUGAAAAAGUUGGUCCUAGAUUAAGAAAGAAUUCCAAAUUUAAUCAUACUGCAUCUCCAACCCCAGCUCCAGCCGCUGUUGAAGCUGAAGCUGAAGCUGAAUCCGAAGAAAUUCCUAAUGAAAAGAAGGAAGAUUCAUUAGUCUAA